GUUUUUCUGCAGUGCUUUCUCUCGCUUUGCCGCUCCUCAUCCUGUUCUACGCCGGGAGGGCAACCGAAGGGGGCUGCAGACCAGAAAAGAAAAAAAAAAAAAGAGUAAGAUUUCUCUUUUUCUCUCUCGAUCCUUCUCCUGAAGAUACAAGCAGAUCUGGGGUUGGAGCAAAAAAAAAGAGAAAUUCUUAAAUAUCUUCUACAACCAGUUAGCCUCUCCCAAGCCCCUUUGAUGCCGAUCUCAUCACCAUCACCCUCACCAAUCACUAAGCAGCCAAAAAAAAAAGAAAAGACGAAGCAGAUCUGGUUGUUGGAGAUUGGAAGGGUUCGGGGCAGCCCAAAAAAAAAAAAAAAUGGAGUGUCUUCUCUUAGUCUCUUUCCCUACCCUUGGCAUUCCCUCUUUCCUUCCCCUUUACCUCGGCUUACUUGCUCCUGGUAUUCUGCAGAUCUGCAGAUCUGGUUUAGGAGAGGAGGAUUUCUCUUUCUCGUACUCAGUUGUGACCAACCUUGCUGAACCCAGUUUUUCUUUCUGGAAACUGUUUUGGCGUCGUUCUUUUCUUAAUCUGGAAAAAGCCCUCAUUCCUCUUAAAAUAUCCAACCAACUCCAUUGCUGCAUCUUUCCAAAAGCUUCUCAUCAGCUCAAUUCUCACUGUUCUUAUACACUGUUUUCUGGCCUGAUAAAGGUUUUGAGCUUUGGAAGCAACUAUGUACAGCCGGCGAGAUGGUUUGCUUUGGACGGAUUGAGAGUGAUUUUGGGGGAAAGAAUGAACGUUGUCGGAAGACAGAUGGCGAGAUCUAGUGCCACAGCGCACCACCAUCGGCAAUAUUCCGAUAACUUCCUGGACGCCACGUUCAACGCGAGAUGGAUUCAGUCCACAAAUUUUUUCUCUUCACAGGAUUUUGGAUGCUAUGGAGGAGUUCAGGGGUCUGGAGUGAGCCGGAAGUAACCGGAUCCGGAGUCGCCUCCGGUAAGUUCGAGGUCGUAUAGUUUGAGAAAGAAUGGCGACGAGCACGUUUUGCCCGGCUAGAAGAAUCCACCCGCGGCUGUCCAAAGUUCUCCACCUAAUUCAGGGAAAAGCGCCUCUGUUUGUAAUUCAAUAGAGAAUGAGAGAUUAAGAUUGUUAUUGCA